UAAGAAAAUGUGGGGUCGAAACGCAGCUAGAGGUGGGGAUCGCUCGGAUACCCCCUAUUUCUCCACCUCCACAUCGCAUACCACCACAGGGGUGAACCGUGCCGUAAAUCGCGUCGACCUAUGGAAACCAACAAAGGAGUGUUUAGGUCAGCAGUUGAGGACGGCUCAGUCGGAAACAAAGCAUAUUACUACGGGAGGCUGGACCUCAAGUCUACCGGUCAGACGGAAAAGUGUGACGCUGGUUAGUCCCAGUCCGACUGUUAACUUGCCAACUUGCAAGUGCGCGAAUAUUAAUAAAGUGGUGUCCGGUCCUCAUGUUUGUAAGAGAUGUGUUGCUUGAGUGUAGCGGGAGGCGGAUCGGCCUCUUCGGGAUGUUACAAUAAUUGCACAGCAAUCGUCCUCAGCAUUGCAAUCCUUCUAUCAGGACUGCGAGUUUCUUCCAGCGCUCCAACAGGCGACGAAGGAUGGUGGAUCAACCCUUGCAACAAACAACCCACCAUCGCCAGACAUGGCAGAAGCGCGGCGGAGAGCGAACUCAAUGGGUUCUUGUUCAACAUGGAUACCAAGUUCUUCAAGGAAGUCAAAGACAUGUACAAGUCCAUUGAAAAUGUAAAGUUCAGGGGGAAUUGUCCCAGGAUUAACAACAUGUUGAUACCUAUUCAGAACGCUACCUCAUAUACUUCGGCAAUGCAGGCGUUUUACGAGACGUUAUUGCAGUUUGCCGUCUUCAUUGAUAAACUGAAGAACACGCCCGUCAAGACGAAGGGCGAGUUUGACACAGCCAGACGCAAGCGCAUCUUCGAAGAGGCCAAAGUAAACUUAAAACGGUUGAUUUGCGAAUACAACGACACACUCAGCGAGGGUUCCAACCAUCGCGAGGCCCCCAACAAAAUUACUUCCGUUCAAAAACAUAAAACUAAAGUUCGCAAGAUAAACAUGAAGUGCCUGCCAGCUUCUAUGAACCACACGCAGGCCCACUUCAUGGAUUUCGACUUCUUCAGGAAACUGCAGAAGUUCCUGAAGCAGAGCCGAAGGAUCCUUAAAUUGAAAAAGAAAGGGAAGAAGAGUGCGAAUAAAAUUGUUAAAAGGAAGAAAAAACCGAAGAAUCAGUGAAUUGUUCGCGUGGUUGAUUUUUUUUCAACAAAAUCGAGGUGAUUGACUGAAAAGUUAUCUGAGGGGACACGAAAUUGAGGUAUUAGAGAAUUUGCAAAUAGUUUACUUAAAACUGCUGUGAUAAUAGAGAUAAGUUGUAAUUAUUACUUAAUUUAUUUUAUUUAUUUGUAACUUAAGUUCUUGAGACGACAGUUCCGCUGUCUGAUUUUUGUCAUAGGCGUGAUAAAAGAUGAAUGAUGUAGCUAACCUUUCAUCGACACGUCCUUGAUUUGUAUUAUACAUUGUGAUAUAUUUCGUAGUAAUUAUUUAUUUUAUAUUUAUUUCUUUCGACCGAUUACUAUAGUUUGAAAAAAGACUGGCUUCAUCAAAUUGUAGUAAUUGUAUUUUAAUGUAUAUUGUGCAAUUUUACACAGGAUGUUCGCAUUGUUGGUACCCUUUAAAAUAUUCUAGAAUUAUUCAAGAUAAUAUAUUUAUUUUUACUUUUUCGGAUCAAUAUUCAAAUCGCUUUUGUCAUUUUAUAAAUUCGUUACUAAAUGUAAAAGAAAUUAAAAAUAAUAAUAUUUCAAAAUUUAAAUAAUUAAAUUACUUUCAUGAUCAAACGAACAAAGGGUACAAAAUAUUUUUAUAAACUUUAAAUUGCAUCGCAUGACUUAUUUAUUGUAAAUUGUCUUUAUCGAGUGGUGCCGAUUUUUACAAAUAAAAAUUUCUGUCGUGAACCAGCUCGCUGAAAGACAUUACCGUGUGCAUUCCAAGUGCAUUUCCAUCAUUUAUUUAUGAAUUGUGAAUUUUUUUCUCAUCGGAAUAAGUAUUAUGUAUUUUUAUUUUCUAUAAAGA